AAACUGAAAACGAAAGGAGUUGAAAUAGGGGCGCACUUAGCCAGUUGAAUAUUAAGUCUUGCCUUCUUCCUAAGAGAAGAAUCUAGCUGCUAUUUCUCUGAAGAGGAAACAUUUGCAGAAUUUGCAAUUAAGUUUAACAGAUGUUCAUUGAAGCUAUGGACCACAGCCACGGGGCCUACCUCAAAACUUUCAUGUUAGCCUUCGAUACCAUAAAGAACCUCGUCGCCAAGUAUUUAUCUGUUCGACGUUGCCAAGCGGCUUGAGUGCAUAAAGAAACUGCUAUAACCUGAGUACGAGUGGGAAAAAUCAGUGUGAUCCGCAAAUUCGUCUUCAGAAAUGGAUUUCGCUAUGAAUAAUAAUACGCUCGACCCGAAUGUUGGGAUGACUGAGAGCAUUAUUCAUGAGCAUCAGCUGCCCAAGUUGAUAGGACCGGAAAAGUGGAGAGAUUUGGCGCGAAUGUUAGACUUCAGCGAAAAUGACAUUGACAUGAUCCAAGCUGAAAAGACCAAUUGCCCCAAGGAAUGUUGUAUCGCUGUCAUUGUAAAAUGGAUCCAUCGAAGGGGACGGGAUGCUACUGUUGGAAAGCUUGCAGAUGCCCUGACUAAGAUAGAACUCAAGAACGUGGCUGAUAUAUUGCUGGGUCCGAUCAAUGGUAAAAAAACCAUCUCUAUUGAAGUUAGAGGAACUAUUGAGGUAGACAAUACAAACCAGAUCAUAUUGGGCAACGACAGUACUAGGAGGUCAACGUUCUUUGUGUGGGAGACCAAAACAAAAGAAUUUCAUACAUCUUUGAAGGAAAUCAAAGAGUAUAUACAUAUCAUCGACCAGGUUGUAGGAAAUACACCCAAGCAAACAGAACAUGUCGUGGUUGAAGAUCUUACCUGCAAAGUUAACCAAAUUUCCGAGGACAUAGAGAAUCUUCAAAAAACACUUUCAGACAUAAAAUCCAGUUUGGAAAUGCCUGAAUUAAAAGGUGAAACCUUCACAAUGCAAGGAAAGUUGGAGUUCAUCGGCAAACAGAGCAGAACAUUGGAGGAAGUGUACACUAAAGUAACAAGAAUGACAGGCCAAGCUUGUGCAUGUGACAAGUUCGUUAGGAGACAGUUCUAUGAUUUUACCUUUUGCAACUUAAAAGCCGUACAUGAUGAUCUGAACGCUCGUGUCGCCGACCUGAAGUCAGCAGACACAAACCUCACAAAGGAAGAAAAUGAGAAGCUUCAAAUUCUGCUGGCAGACCAAAGAGGAAGAGAAAAACAGGUUGAGCAGUUGGAAGCAACGCGGGCGCAGCUAUUCUUCUGCGCUGAGGAAGAACAGAGGAUAUCUCAAUACUCAACACCAGAGAGACGAAAAUCAGCGCCAUCUAUUCCAGUGCAGGUAAAUUUAGACGAAUAUGAAAGUUCUAAAUGUUUUUUAGCAAAGGAAAUCAAAGACUAUAUGAAUACUACCGACCAGUUUGCAGGAAAUACACCCAAGCAAACAGAACAUGGCGUGGUUGAAGAUCUUACCUGUACAGUUAACCAAAUUUCCGAAAGCAUAGAAAAACUUCAAAAAACGCUUGCAGACAUAAAAUCCAGUUUAGAAGUGCCUGAAUUAAAAGGAGAAACCUUCACAAUGCAAAGAAAGUCGGAGUUCAUCGGCAGACACAGCAGAACAUUGGAGGGAGUGUACACUAAAGUAACAAGAAUGACGGAUCAAGCUUGUGCAUUUAAAGAGUUCGUCAGGAGACAGUUCUAUGAUUUUACCUUUUACAACUUAAAAGCUGCACAUAGUGAUCUGAACGCUCGUGUUGCCGACCUAAAGUCAGUGGACACGAACUUCACAAAGGAAGAAAAUGAGAGGCUUCAAAUUCUGCUGGCAGACCAAAGAGGAGGAGAAAAACAGGUUGAACAGUUGGAAACAACGCGGACGCAGCUAUUCUCCACUGCUGAGGAAGAACAUAGGAUAUCUCAAUAUUCAACAUCAGAGAGGCGAAAGUCAGCGCCAUCUAUUCCAGUGCAGUUACCAUCAGCAAAUACAGAUGGGGUGUCGCCGAGGAAAUCCACCAAGAUCAAACGAAAUAAAACAUGGAGUCUUUUUAGAAGCUGGAGGAAGAGCAGUGAAAUACCUGCAGUGAAGAGCAGUGAAAAUAUGUGCAAUCUUGUUUCCUAUUCCCAAAAGGCUCCGGAGGAUUCUUGACUCCAAAGGAAGGUCUUGAGUAAAAAGUUGAAGGUCACAUGUUGCUAUGCAUUAUUCUAUUGACACCAUAUACACUUGUUAUGGCCAACGAAAAACAUGUUUCAUGUCUAGAAGAAUCUCUCUAGGACUUGAUUUCCUUACGUAGUUAAAGGAAAAAAAGAGGGACUCAGUUAUGCAAAACGGAGCAUCUGCCAUCUUUACCAAAUGGGCUAUUUCUGUUACGUUUCUAAUCUGAUGGUUAAGCAUGCAAGGUCUUCAAGCUGCCCUAGAGGAAACGAGCUAUAAAAAUUCAUCCUAUUACGAUAUGUUGGGAGGAAUUACUAACAUAGGAUAAGUAUGAUGAUUUGUUGCUCAUUUUGCUCUAUUACUAAAGAUAUUUCAAGAGACAAGCUAAGAGUAAGAAGACGCUGCCACCUUUUGGGGCAAAAUUUUAACUUCAAGGCCGUAGUAGAAAAGUAUGAAUAAAAACUGGCAUACGCGUGGGCAUUAAACAUUAAAAAGUUUACGUAAUUGUAACGUGUAGAAUAAUAACAUGAAACUUAGUAAGAAUAGAAUAAAUGUGCAUUUAUAGAAAGUAGGCUCAAAGGAUUCAGGCUUGGAGAUUGUCAACAUUAUUAAAGCUAGGCUAUUUCAUUUAAAACAAUCAGGUUUUACAAAAUUUA